AAAAGAACUGUAUCUGAAUGCGCUUGUAAGAAGUGUUGUUCUCAUUGCUUCAAUUUUUUUGCAGAACUGAAAGAUGCAUUGAUCAUGCUUGAGCCGUUGGUUUGGAAAGUAGAAAAAGUAAAAGACAACAAUUAUCAGGGACACAAAAUGGACGCCUUGGUUGAAGCGACGCAGAUAACCAGAUGUAUCGGAUCAGCCGCACUUACUCUGGCGUACAUAGCGCAUGGUGUAGCGGAUUGCUUCUAUUUAGAUACUCAUCUUAAAGCCUGGGAUGUGGCGGCAGGAACGCUGAUUUUACGCGAAGCGGGUGGAACUGUUAUAGAUUCGAAGGGUGGUGUUUACGAUAUUAUGAAGCCGAAUACUAUCGCAGCGUCAAACGAAACUCUAGCACGAAAGAUAUCUAAAUUAAUUGCCGACACUGAUUUAAAAACGCAAAGAAAAAGACUCUAGAGAACCUGACGCAAAGCAAUGACUCAUGCUAAUUGAUUUAACUGAGUGUAAAACAGCAGGAGGUGUGUCCCAGCAACUUGUAUUUAUCACGUAAUACAAGGAAAUUACCUAUAAAAAUCAGUUUAGAAAAGUUUCCGUUAAAAAAUCCCAUUGACGCAUUUACAGUCGUUAUACGAAGUCAAUCCAAUUGCGUUAACCAGUGUGCCAUCACAAUGUUGUGAAAUGAAAAUUAGCAUAAUCAGUAUUACUUUCGAUCGAUUUGCCCGUCGUUGUUUAUAAAUAAAACAAAAUUAUUGCAAAGCGCAAUUUACUGUCAAAUUCAUUACGAACCUUUGACAUCCAUUGUAUUAACGCACCGCGAAGAUAUAUUGAUAAUAUAACAAUAUAAAUUUUACAACAAUAAAAUUUGUUCCCUAGAACCGUAUUUUACAUCAAAACAACGUUCCGGUAUAUUAUCGAUACAAUUUUUCGUUACAGAUUACGCAGCUUAAGAUUAAAAUUUUACACGUUACAAUUUUACAA